AUGAAUAGCCAAGACGGCAUCAAGUUGGAGGCUCGAAGGAGCGAGGAAGGCCAUGGCCUUUUGCACGGCGACGAGAAGCUUGACAGCCGCGACAACUUCGACCUCGAGGCUCGUGCUGGCGCUGUCGACAGCCAGACCGAGAAGCUCAAGGAGAAGCCUGUCGAAUACUCUACGUUGCCCCAAGUCAAGUUUGCCUGGCUCAGCGCAUACUUCUGCUUCAGCUUGGUCCUCACCUUGUACAACAAGCUGGUCCUCGGCGUGUUUCCCUUCCCAUGGCUCCUGACCGGUCUGCACGCCACCUGCGCCAGUCUUGGCUGCUACGGCUUGCUGCAGAUGGGCUACUUCUCCAUGUCCCGCCUGGGCAGACGGGAAAAUCUCAUCCUGCUCGCCUUCAGCUUGCUUUUCACCAUCAACAUUGCCGUGUCCAACCUCUCACUGGCCAUGGUCUCCGUGCCCUUCUACCAGGUCCUGCGCACCUCGGUGCCUGUCUUCACCGUUCUCAUCUACCGCGUCAUCUUCUCCCGAACCUACGAGACCAUGACGUACAUGACACUCGUGCCCAUCAUGCUCGGCGCUGCUCUGACCACCAUUGGAGAGUACACCUUUACCGAUCUCGGCUUCCUCCUCACCUUUGCAGGCGUCAUUCUUGCUGCGGUCAAGACCGUUGCGACGAACCGCAUCAUGACUGGCCCUCUUGCCCUUCCCGCCAUGGAGGUUCUCCUCCGCAUGUCUCCAUAUGCUGCCAUGCAGUCUCUGACCUGCGCGUUUGCCGCCGGCGAGUUCGGUGGCCUUGCUGAGAUGCGCGCCCAGGGCAACAUCGCCACCUGGACGAUCAUCGCUCUCCUCGGAAACGGCAUGCUUGCCUUCGGCCUCAACGUCGCCUCGUUCCAGACCAACAAGGUUGCGGGUGCCCUUACCAUUAGCGUCUGCGGUAACCUCAAGCAGUGCCUGACAGUUCUCCUUGGCAUCAUCGCUUUUGGUGUCGAGGUCCACCUCUUCAACGGCGCCGGUAUGGUUCUUACCAUGUUUGGCGCUGCGUGGUACAGCAAGGUCGAACUCGACCGCAAGAACAGGCAAUAG